ACACUUUUCCCCCUGGUAUUUCCUUCUCUUUUCCACUCAUGUUUCUGCCAUCUUUUCCCCUCGUUUCCUGCUCUUUUCUCUCAUGCUUUUGCCAUGUAUUCCCCCUCACAUUUUUGCUAUUUUCCCCCUCACACUUCCCACCCUUUUCCCUCAUGUUUUUGCUAUUUUUCCCCUCAUGUUUCCCACUCUUUCCCUCAUGUUUCCUGCCCUUUUUUACUCGUCUUUUUGCCACCUUUUCUCCUAAUUUUCCCUUCUCUUUUCCCCUCAUGUCUCCUGCUCUUUUCCCUCCUCUUUUUGCCAUCUUUUCCCCCUCAUGUUUUUGCUCCUUUCCUCUCAUUUCCAGCUCUUUUCCCUCAUGCUUUUGCCAUCUUAUCCCCUCAUGUUAUUGCCUUUUUUUUCCCCUCAUGUUUUUGCUAACAUUUUCCCUCAUGUUUUUGCUUAUCUUUCCCCCUCAUGUUUCCUGCCCUUUUUUACUCAUAUUUUGCCACCUUUUCCCCUCAUGUUUCCAUCUCUUUUCCCUCAUGUUUUUGCCAUCUUUUCCCCUCAUAUCUCCUGCCCUUUUUUACUCAUUUUUUGCUAUCUUUUCCCCUCAUGGUUUUGCUAUCUUUUCCCCUCAUGUUCCUGCUCUUUUCCCUCAUGUUUUCCCCUCAACUUUCCCCCCUCUUCCCCUCAUGUUUCCUGCCCUUUUAUACUCAUGUUUUUGCCACCUUUUUGCCCUCAUGUUUCCUUCUCUUUUCACCUCAUGUUUCUGCCAUCUUUUCCUCUCAUGUUUCCUUCUCUUUUCCCCUCAGGUUUUUGCCAUCUUUUCCGCUCAUGUUUCCUUCUCUUUUCACCUCAUGUUUUUGCCAUCUUUUCCUCUCAUGUUUCCUUCUCUUUUCCCCUCAGGUUUUUGCCAUCUUUUCCCCUCAUGUUUCCCACUCUUCCCUUCAUGUUUCCUGUCCUUUUUCCCCUCAUUUUUUUGUCACCUUUUCCCUGAUGUUUCCUUUUCCUUUCCCCUCAUGUUUUUGCCACCUUUCCCCCUCAUGUUUCCCACUCUUCCCCUCAUGUUUCCUGCCCUUUUUUACUCAUAUUUUUGCCACCUUUUCCCCUCAUGUUUCCUGCCGUUUUCCCCUCAGGUUUUUGCCAUCUUUCCCCCUCAUGUUUCCCACUUUCCCCCUCAUGUUUCCUGCUCUUUUACCUCAUUUUUUUGCCAUCUUUUCCCCUCAUGUUUUCGCUAUCUUUUCGCCUCAUGUUUCCUGCCCUUUUCCCCUCACGUUUCCCAACAUUUUCCCCUCACGUUUGGGCGAUCCCAGGAUGCAGCAGACGGAUGGACAGACAGACAUGGCCCCCCAGGUGCGGCCCUUGCCUGCGGAUCGCGCCCGCCUUCAGCGCCCUGAGUAACAAAUACCCGCAGGCAACGUUCCUGGAGGUGGAC